AUGAAGUCUGUGGCAUCUGUCGCGUCCAGUUCGACGGCACUUGUCCUACAUGCAAAUUUCCAGGCGAUGACUGUACCCUGCUCAUGGGAAAGUGUGGUCAUUCGUUUCAUAUGCAUUGUCUUUUGA